CGUGUUGAGGACCGUAUACCCGAACUUAAUUAAAAAAACAAAACUCACUGUGACUAAAUUGCCAUAAUAUUUAUUUCUCCAUAACGUAAUUCAUCUUAUGUCAGCUAACAACCUCAGUACAGUGUAACGAGUGGCAGCUGUUGUGACGUCAUCAGUAAACACAGGCCGGGACGUCAGGUGUAAACGUUACUUUUAACACAACUGUUACAUUAAGUAUUGUUAAGAAUCAAUAAGUGGGUGACAUAGACAAGAAGGAAGACCACAGGAUAAUAUUAGUAGAAGGUUGACAAUAACGAACUUGAAGGAGUAGAGAAGGUUCUCACUCCAGAGAUGAUGAAGACUAUAACUGUCAAGUGGAACGGCAAGGAAUAUGACAUCGAGGUGGACGAGGCCGUCAUGACUGUCAGGGACUUCAAAAAUGCCAUUGAAAAACAAACUUGUGUUAAACCCCACCGUCAAAAACUACUAAACCUCAAGUUAAAAGGCAAGACUCCUGACGAUGACACCAAAAUGGUCGCCAUCAGUUUAAGACCAGGAACCAAGAUAAUGAUGAUGGGCUCCUUAGAGGCCAGUGUGGAGGAAGUUCAACGCAUCCCCGAGGACCUGCCACCAGUCAUAAAUGAUCUCGACAUUGAGGAGGAGGAAGUUGCUAUUGAGAAUCGUUCUGAAUAUCUAUUAAAGGUUGAGAAGAGGGUAAAAGAAUAUGAGGUGAAAAUUCUGAACGAGAUGCGACCGGGAAAGAAGCUGCUAGUGCUGGACAUAGACUACACGCUGUUUGAUCACCGGUCGACAGCAGAGACCGGGGCGGAGCUGAUGAGGCCUUAUCUCCACGAGUUUCUCACUUCGGCGUAUAAAAACUAUGAUAUUGUGAUCUGGUCGGCCACGAGCAUGAAAUGGAUUAAGGAGAAAAUGAAGUUACUGGGAGUGUCGAGCCAUCCAGACUACAAGAUCACCUUCUACCUCGACUCUCUGGCCAUGAUCACUAUAGAGACCCAGAAGUAUGGGGUGAUAGAGGUGAAGCCAUUGGGAGUUGUAUGGGGGAAGUACGAACACUACACACAGCAGAACACCAUAAUGUUUGAUGAUCUACGCCGCAAUUUCCUGAUGAACCCCCAGAAUGGUCUCAAGAUACGAGCCUUCCGCCAAGCCCACCAGAACCGUGCCACCGACCGUGAAUUACUGCGACUGGCAUGGUACUUGGAGGAUAUUGCAGAAGUGUCCGAUAUUUCCACGCUGAACCACAGCAAAUGGGAACACUAUCGUAAGGACGGAUAUAAUUGACCCACAACUUCGGACCUUGAAGAACGCUCGGGGUAGUACUGCAUUGAUCUGUGAGGACGAUCAUUGGUGCUGCUCCACACUUCCUCUAAUAUGCCAUUACUUUCAUGUUUGGAAACUAAAGACCAGAUAAACUGAAAGGCUUUGUCAGCUGUCACAAUGUAAUCUAACUGAACAACUAUUACCGCUCUCAAAAGCAGAAAUUUUUGUCUAACACAACAAUCUUGCUUAUGCAGUGUUUCACCAGCAUGCAAUUACCAUAACUCUUAAGCUCCCAAUCUAAAAUAUAUAAAUUGCUCUGACAGGUUUCACACAUCUAGCAUAUUGUAUGCAUUUUAUUUCUAAAGACUUCAGAGGCGGGCUUCAGUGAAACAUAGGGCAAUACAAUAGUUUUUUUUUUUUUUUUUUGCAUCAAAUCAGCUUACUAAUACUAGUUGAGCUUUCAGUACAAAAAUUAUGUACUGGAAUGGUCAUAAUUGCCUCAAGCAUCUCACUAUUGAUAAGUUAGUCACACACACAGUAAUGUUUAUGACUCAGAUUUCACCAACCUGGUUUUGUGGAAAUAAAGCAUUUUGAUGUACUCGGGAUAUACUGUGCCAUGUAAGUUGUUAUAAUCAUGGAAAUUAGAAAGUCACUAAAAAACUGAAAAGCAAGGAAAGGACAAACUUUGGGAUGAAAAAAAAAUGAUACAGUUUUUCAGUAAGAACAAUAUGAAGUAAAUACUCAUACAUGUAAGUAAUGCAGAUUAGGUCAGGUUAAGUUAGGUAGGUUAGUUAAAUGUUAGGGUACCGUAGAAUAGGUUAGGGUAGUUGAUGACUUGGAUGGCUGUGUGAAGGUAGGUGGAAAAGUAGAUAUUCAUUUUGUGAGGUUUAACUGUUUUUGUUGCCUCUGUCUGGCUGUUGUGGAGCCAAGGGGCAAGUACUGCCUUGAUAGAAUUUCAAGACAGCCAGCGACCUGUUCUGUGUCAUGCUUGUUGACAAUCAGACGCCACCACCCAGGAUCACACUCCUACACCGGACUGACACAUUGCCCGACUGCUAUAUGACCUUGGGUGACUGGGAGAAACUCACUGCAUGUUGCUCAGUCAUUUCUCCGGACACACCGCCUGAAAGUGCUACAUGGUCUGAUUGCAAACUUGUGAUGAAAGGUUUGUGAACUUUGAAAUUCAGUCCAACUUUACUUGCUUACAGACUUGCAACUACAUUCAUGAACUUCUGGUGUUUUACUGUGCUAUCUGUGUUGUGUUCUCAUAUUAUAGACUGCACACUACUUGCCAUAACUUGCUCUCCUAUCACACUCUACAGUGACAAUGUCUGUACUGAAUGAAUAUAUAAGGUACCCCUUGAGAUAUGAAUGUUU